GCCUGAUACCACAGUUAAUAAUCAACUCUAACAGGUGCGGACCAGCCAUAAUCAGAAUUGUUCGCAAGAUGAACGCAAUGUUGAAAGGUUUCAUCGUGAUUAUAAUGCUGAUAGGAGUGGAAUCGCGUCGACGUAAACCGCGUGAAGAUGACGACGACGAGGCAUCUGAACCCAAACCGUGUUUUCAUCGCUUCGCCGAAAGGACCUGGGAGGGGUGCGCUGAAAAUCCGGACAGGCUGCAAAACGAUUGCUGGUUUGACGAAGAUGAGAAUCCCGACAACUGCCAAGAAAAUCUCGAACUUUCGAAGGAUCUGUACGAUUUAUAUGUAUGUGCUGGUCUACAACAAAAAUGGUUCACCAGUUCCGGAACUGAAGCACAGAAUAUUAAAAAAAUAGCCGAAGAAUUCAAGGGUUACGCGGCGAAGGCCGGGAAGAGUCUCCAGGAAGAAGUCUACAAUGCGGUUGAAAAAUGCGCAACUCAUGGAAUGAUGUACGGAGACGACGUGGAAAUGAAGAUCUUUCAGUUUCUAGAUUGUUGGCUAAGCGAUGAGAAUCGCAUAUUACAGACAAAGGCCUUUUGUAGACGCCGCCGCCGCCGCCAGCACUAAGUGCAUUUUAUGUUGUUCUUUGUAUUUCACUUAGAGGAGAGAACACAUUUAUAGAGAGUUGCACUUCUGAAUAAAAUGUAAUUAAUUAAA